AUGGCCACCGACGUACUGGAAGACCGCCCUUUGCUUGAACGCUCUCCUUCAUUUACUGGAAGCUCAAAGACGCUGAACGACAGCGAUGAAGAAUCUUAUGGAUCGAUCGCGCAUGGUACAACGCGUACUAUCGAAGACGAUGUCCUCCCGGAAACCUCGACAUUAGGGCGAACCAUCAGUUGGCCAAGUGCCUAUAUCAUAGUCAUCUCUCGAGUUAUCGGAAGCGGGAUAUUUGCGACACCGGGAGUUAUCGUCAAGUCGGUCGGAAGUGUAGGGCUCAGUUUGUCUCUAUGGGUUCUGGGUGCCAUUAUUGCGGCUUGUUCCUUGGCUGUGACGCUGGAGUAUGGAUGCAUGCUGCCUCGCUCAGGUGGUGAAAAAGUCUAUCUCGAGUUUACAUACCGUAAACCCAGAUUUCUUGCAUCCACCCUAGUCGCUGUGCAAGCGGUACUGCUGGGCUUCACGGCAAGCAACUGCAUAAUAUUCGCGCAGUAUUCCCUCUUCGCAUUCGAUAUUGAGGCGACAGAUUUUCGACGCAAGUCCCUUGCCGUGGGUCUGCUUACUGCGAUUACAAUCGUUCACGGAUGCUUCCUUCGCACUGGAAUAUGGAUACAAAACGUUCUAGGUUGGAUCAAAGUAGGGCUGGUUAUAUUCAUGGUUUUGGCUGGACUGUUCGUUGUCGCUUUCCGGGAGCGCAACACUGACGGCACCAAAAGUCAUUUCCCGACUGGAGAUCAACUGUGGGAAGACACAAAUUGGGACUGGGGAAUCAUCGCUACCUCGCUUUUCAAGGUGUUCUACUCGUACGCUGGGCUUGGAAACAUCAACAACGUCCUCAAUGAAGUCAAGAACCCGAUUCGAACACUUAAAUCGGUCUCUAUCACUUCGCUAGCCACCGCCUGCAUCCUGUAUCUGCUCGUCAACAUCGCGUACUUCACGGUUGUCCCUCUAGAAGAGAUCAGACAGAGCAAAGAGCUCAUCGCAGCAUUGUUUUUUGAGAAGAGUUUCGGGCCAAGUUGGGGCAAGACAGUGCUCCCGCUCGCUGUAGCACUGUCGGGGGCCGGCAAUGUCAUGGUGGUGACAUUUGCUUUGGCUCGACUGAACCAGGAAAUCGCACGACAAGGCUUCCUCCCUUUUUCAAAUAUUCUCGCAUCCACCGAACCCUUCAAUGCGCCCAUGGGUGCUCUCAUAGUGCACUACAUUCCUUCGCUCUUGGUGAUUGCACUGCCUCCUUCCAAUGAAGUCUAUUCGUUCAUACUAGAAGUGGAGGGCUACCCAGGAACCAUAUUCGCACUGGCGCUCUCUAUCGGGCUAUUGUACUUACGACAGAAACGUCCAGACCUCAAGCGACCAUUCAGAGCCUGGAAAAUCGCUCCUGUAUUCAGGAUUAUACUCUCUUUAGCAUUGCUGGCCGCACCUUUCUUUCCCCCAAAAGAGAAGCCCACUGGUGGAAUUUGGUAUGCUACAUACGCAGUUGUUGGUGUUAGCAUCAUUCUGUCUGGAGUUGUCUACUGGUACGUGUGGACUGUGCUUAUCCCUAAAUGGAAAGGGUACAGGCUGGAGGAAGAAACGAGCGUUCUGGCGGACGGAACGAGCGUCACCACACUCAUACACGUGCCGAAAUAGAUCAGCAAUGUUGCAAGCAUCGUAGCGCGAUUCCAUAGUAUCUUUCGUUGCAGCAUCACAUCUUAGCGAGCAUCACACCGCUGGAAUUGCGC